AUGAGGACGCUCGCUUGCCAGCUUGUCUUCCUUGCCUCCGUGGCAUUCCUGCUGGUUCUCAUGUUGCCCGGUGCCAUCGCCAAAGGCCCACAGCGGCCCAAGUACCAGUUCACCAAGAAACCUCCCAGUGCCCCGGAGCCGCUACGGACCACCACCACAGCAAUCGGCGGGGUGUGGAGCAAGGUGACCCCCCAUCCGACUCCCGCUCUGACAACCACAGUCAGCACGACGCCUCUCUACACUGAGCUCCACAUCGACACCGCAGCACCACCCGAUGUUGGAAAUGAGAACUACACCCUGGACUACAACGAAUGCUACUUCAACUUCUGCGAAUGUUGUCCCCCAGAAAGAGGGCCCCAAGGUCUGAAGGGGGACAGAGGCUUACCAGGGCCACCUGGAGGGAAGGGAGACGCUGGACCCAGGGGGCUGCCUGGACCCCAGGGCCCGUCCGGAUCGGCUGGACCAAAAGGAGACAAGGGUGACAGAGGGGACCAAGGCACCACUGGCCUAGCCGGAAUUCCCGGCAUCUCGGGGAAGCCAGGAGACAAAGGUGAUACCGGCUCCAAGGGCGAGAAAGGAGAUGCCGGCUUUCCGGGAUUCAAAGGGGACCGAGGCGAGACUGGAGACCCCUGUGAAAACGGGACUAAGGGUGAAAAAGGAGACGCUGGGAAAGAUGGUGCAACUGGACCUCAGGGCCUGGCUGGAGACAAGGGUGAGAAAGGCGACUCGGGGGACAAAGGGCAGUGCGGGCCUUACGGGGAAAAGGGACAGAAAGGAGAACCGGGGGACCCUGGGCUGCAGGGUCCGGAUGCAGCUGGAGGCUACCUGGGCAAGGCUGGUGGGCAGGGCCCCCCUGGUGAGCCAGGACCUUCUGGGGAAGCAGGAGCACCAGGAAAGAAAGGGGAAGUGGGUACACGUGGUCCUCCGGGUCCUGUCGGCGCUCGGGGGUUUGUUGGUCCAAAAGGAGACAGGGGCUCCCCAGGGUUGAGGGGGGAGCGGGGGCCGCGGGGUUUUAAGGGGGCCCGGGGAGCAAACCUGGUUCUGAAGCGGUCCGGCUUCAGUGUGGGCCUGUACCCUAGCAAGUCCUUUCCUCCGGCCGGUUUCCCGGUCAAGUUCGACAAGGUCUUCUACAACGGCGAGGAGCAUUACGACGUCACCAGCAGCAAGUUCAACUGCACCUACCCGGGCGUCUAUGUCUUCGCUUACCACAUCACUGUACGCAACCGGCCCCUACGUGCAGCCCUGGUGGUCAACGGCGUCAAGAAGGUGCGAACGAGGGACUCACUGUACGGGCAAGACAUCGACCAGGCCUCCAGCCUGGUGCUGCUCCAGCUGGCAGCUGGGGACCAGGUCUGGGUGGAGACACUAAGGGACUGGAAUGGGGUUUACUCAAGCAGUGAGGACGACAGCAUCUUCACGGGAUUCCUGCUCUACCCCGACAAGGUCUGA